AUGGAUGGCAGCAACGCGGAGGAGUUGGCCAUUGGGUGCUUCGUCUCCAUCAAGACCACCUUGAGUGACGAGUUUCAGGGGCAAGUCAUCACCUUCGAUCGCCCCUCCAACAUCGUCGGUUCGAAAGGAGGGUCUCGGCGGAACAUAAGGCUGCUGAAGGCGAACUAUAUAAAGGAGUUGUCGUAUUUGGGUCAAGCCGAAGACCCACUUGAUGUCAAAAACUGUUACCUUGAUCUCAAUAGUCUCCGCGCCAGAGAGGAAUUGGCCAUUAGACAAGCAGAGGCAGAGUCCGAGAGGAUUGGUGUUGGGGUCACCAGCCAGGCCCAGAACAUUUUCGACGCCUUGUCUAAGACGCUUCCAGUGCGCUGGGACAAGACUGUAAUAGUUGUGAUGAAUGCGGUGCGUGUAAGCAGUCCAUAUACUCCGGAGUCUGUCAGUGGAGGAACACCUGCUGCCAAUGAGCGGGUGAAGAAAGUGCUUGAGCUUGAGAGGAAAAGGUUGCAAACUCGUGGCAGUGGUCAAUGA